AUGGCGCUAUUCGGGACUUCUGACGCCCUGAUGUGCAGGGCAUUUCCCACAACUCUGCGGGGAUCGGCCUGCACGUGGUACAGCGGCCUGAAACCAGGGACCGUCGCCUCCUUCGACCAGCUCGCCAAGGAUUUUGAGCUUAACUUCCUGGCGUACGCCGGGCCUAAGCCGUCCAUGGCAUUGCUCCUCGGGCUCAACCAGAAGGAGGACGAGCCCCUCUCCCAUUUUGUGAACCGAUUCACGACCCAAAUCCGUGGAUUGUCGGAUGCUCACCCCUCUUUCUUGAUGCAGGCAUUCAUGACAGGCCUGCGACCCUCCAGGUUCUUCUGGUCGCUCGUGGAGCGACCCCCCGUCGCGGUCCCCGAGAUGCUCCAGCGUGCCAGUCAGUUUAUCGUUGCGGAGACUUGGAUGGCUGGAAGACCUCAACACAAAAAGGGGAAGGGGCUGCUCAAGGACCCUCGCCCGAUGAGGAACCCGCGGGAGCUCGCAGACCGAUCAAGAUAUUGCCGAUUUCAUCGGCAGCACGGGCACGACACUGAGCAAUGCUACGAGUUGAAGAGGCAAGUCGAAGAGCUCAUCCUCAGAGGACACCUCGGCCAGUACCUCCGGCCAAACAAAGAGUAG